AUGCCAUCUAGUUCUUGGUGGUCCUCGUAUUCAGAGGAGGAAGAGGAGAUGUUUUACGCAAACGCUGUGCUAAGGGCGGCGCAGAUCCUUAUGGAGGAGGAAGAGGAAGACGUCUCGUCUGAAAGCGUUAUUACCAGACGAAUACGGAUUAACAGAGACCGCCAAGGAGCGCACGAGAAAUUGGUGAAUGAUUAUUUUUCAGAUGCACCCCUCUACAAUGCCGAGAUUUUCAGACGGUUCACCACUUUACAAAAGUGUAAUGCGGCCAUUCGCCAACUGGCGUACGGGACAGUGGGCGACGCUUUGGACGAGUACUUACAGAUGUCGGCAAGAAUUACGCGGGAAUGUUUGUAUCGGUUUUGCCAUAAUGUGGUGAAACUGGAUAGCAAAAAAUAUUUGCGGAAACCAAACGCGUAUGAUGUUCAACAGUUGUACCAAGCUCAUGAAGCACGGCACGGGUUUCCGGGAAUGCUCGGUAGCAUUGACUGUAUACAUUGGGCGUGGCAGAACUGCCCGAAUGCGUGGCGAGGCCAAUAUACGCGAGGUGAUCAGGGUCAUCCAACCUUAAUACUUGUGGUCGUGGCGUCACAAGAUUUGUGGAUCUGCCAUUCUUUCUUUGGUCUCCCUGGUUCACUUAACGACCUCAACGUGCUAUACCAUUCGGCGAUCUUUAGCAAUGUCAUUAAUGGAACCGGUCCGGACACCAGUUUUACAGUUUCUGGGGUUGAGUAUAGACGCGGGUAUUAUCUUGUUGACUGA